AGUUUACACCUGAAGGAGGAAAAAACCAAACCAGAUGCCAAUGGUGCUGUGGUCAAGGCAGAUGACAACGUGGAGAAGACGGAGGAUGAGGAGAAGGAGGACAGAGCCGCCCAGUCCUUGCUGAACAAGCUCAUCCGCAGUAACUUGGUGGACACGACAAAUCAAGUGGAGGUGCUGCAGAGGGAUCCCACAUCGCCUCUCUACUCCGUGAAGUCUUUUGAGGAGCUGCGACUGAAACCGCAGCUCCUGCAAGGCGUCUACGCCAUGGGCUUCAACAGACCAUCCAAGAUACAGGAGAACGCCCUGCCCAUGAUGCUUGCUGAAAUUGACACUCCCUUUCUCCCCCAGAACUUGAUCGCACAAUCUCAGUCCGGUACUGGCAAGACGGCUGCCUUUGUCCUGGCCAUGCUCAGUCGCGUUGAACCUGGGAACAAGUAUCCACAGUGUCUGUGCCUUUCCCCAACGUACGAGCUGGCGCUUCAAACGGGAAAAGUGAUUGAACAGAUGGGAAAGUUUUAUCCGGAGCUGAAACUUGCGUACGCUGUCCGAGGCAAUAAAUUGGAGAGAGGUCAGAAGAUCUCGGAGCAGAUUGUAAUCGGCACACCCGGCACUGUGCUGGACUGGUGUUCCAAACUGAAAUUCAUAGAUCCCAAGAAAAUCAAAGUGUUUGUCUUGGAUGAGGCUGACGUGAUGAUCGCAACCCAGGGCCAUCAAGACCAGAGCAUCCGCAUUCAGAGAAUGCUCCCCCGGGACUGCCAGAUGCUUCUGUUCUCGGCCACUUUUGAGGAUUCCGUGUGGAAAUUUGCUCAAAAAGUUGUUCCUGACCCAAACAUUAUCAAACUGAAGCGAGAGGAGGAGACGCUGGACACUAUUAAGCAGUAUUACGUUCUGUGCAAUAACCGAGACGAGAAGUUCCAGGCGCUCUGUAAUAUCUACGGCGCUAUCACCAUUGCCCAGGCCAUGAUCUUCUGCCACACUCGGAAGACGGCGGGCUGGCUGGCGGCGGAGCUCUCGAAGGAAGGCCAUCAGGUGGCAUUGCUCAGCGGGGAAAUGAUGGUGGAGCAGAGAGCGGCGGUGAUCGAGCGCUUCCGAGAGGGCAAAGAAAAGGUGCUGGUGACCACUAACGUCUGUGCCAGAGGGAUCGAUGUUGAGCAAGUCUCUGUUGUUAUCAAUUUUGAUCUUCCUGUGGAUAAAGAUGGAAAUCCAGAUAACGAGACGUAUCUGCACCGGAUUGGACGUACGGGUCGCUUUGGGAAGCGAGGACUGGCUAUUAACAUGGUGGACAGCAAGCACAGCAUGAAUAUCCUCAACAGAAUCCAGGAACAUUUCAACAAAAAGAUAAACAAAUUGGAUACUGACGACUUGGAUGAAAUAGAGAAGAUAACAAACUGAAGUACAGCUGCUGGAACUGGUGUGUACCCUGCUGUGGAAGCUCUCCCACUACAAUUGGAUCAGCGUUCAGAUUGGCACGCCUCUCAGCUAGUCCCGAAAAGGACUCUUUAUGAUAUGAGUAUACAAAAAUUACCUCAUUUUAAAAAUUGUAGUUGGACUUCAAAAAUUGUGCAACUAUGGGGAAGAGGAGGAAAUGUUUACAGAAGCUUUUAACAUUUCUUAGUUUAGCCUUAAAAAAAAAAACGGGAAGAUCUUAUGAAUUCUAAGAAAUACACUUGCCAAAAAAAAUAGGCAAUAUGUAAUUAUCUAAAACAAAUUGAAAAAAAAAGAAAAAAACUUUAUUGCCUUUAGUUGGAAUAAAGUUCAGCAUUAGCCUGAUCAGUUAAAAUUCAACAGUUAAAUAUAUAAUGGACAUAAGGAAA